AACUUAAAAGGGGAGCAGCAAAAGUCGACCCGGAGCGAACGGGAGAAUCGGAUCAGCUGAUCCGACGUAGGCCUUUCUCGUCGAGUCGUUCUCCGUCUCUCCUUUCUCUCUCGUUCUCUCCCGCUGAUGACCAUCGCGGUGACAGCCCCACCCGCGGCAUCACCUUCUCUUUCUCUUUCUCUCUCUCUCUCUUUCCCGCCGAGGUAAUGCACGAGGUCGUUUGUCCGUUGGUGGAAACCACUUUCCAAGCGAAGCCUGUUAACCCACUCGGGGCCCCAGUACACUCGCCGCCUUCGGUCCCACAUGUCGCACGGUGCGCGAACGCGCUUUCGACGCAUGCCGAGGACUUCGCAAGCGUUUUGGCAACUCCGAUCUUGAGCCGAGCCUGCUGAUCAUAGAUUCCGGCGAGCCGGAACCAGCUGAUCCGGGAAGAUGAAGGGAUGGUUCGAUGCCUUCCGCAGCGACGGCGGCCCGACGCUCUACAGCUACAGCAACCGCACACCCGUCACCGGUGACGUGCCCCUGGUUAUCGUAUUCGUGAUAUUCGGCACCCUGUUCACGGCGUUUCUAGUCAUAUUCCCGGGCGUCAGGAAAGAGCGGUUAACCACAUUUCUCACGGUUACCCUGAGCCUCUUCGUGGGUGCGACGAUUCAAGUGGCGCAAUACGGCUCAUCCUGGCACACGAGCUCCGCUACCAUUGUCAGCUCUUACAGCGCUUUCUCCAGGCAUAAGGCAACGGCCGACAUCGGCGGUUACAUCGGUUUGAUGCACAUCAAUAUAACGUACAGGUUAUCGCCAGAUAGCGAGCAAUCGAGUAGCGGCGACGUAGAGUACAAUGAACGGUUCUGGUGGCGAAGUUCCGGCGAGAUGACCAGCGCCUUCAAGCAGGCCCUUUACCAGGGCGCGCCGUUCCCCAUCGUCUCCUUGGCCGAGUACUUCAGCCUUCAUCAGGAAGGUUUCUCCUGGGGCUCGCGGUAUCGCGAAGCUGGAUACUACGCCUCGAUAAUGCUUUGGACCUCCUUCGCCUCGUGGUUAAUGACGAACUUGUUACUUAUGGUGGUACCGCGGUAUGGGGCAUACGGCAUGAUCUUUACCGGUUUGUGCAUGCUGCUGACGAACCUGAUCUACACGGCUCUUUUGCCAUGCGAGCCUCUGAUAGCUCACAUCGAGGGCUCGAUCCUCUCCUUCAACCUAGGCUGGAACUACUGGUUGGUGUUGUCAGCCGGUGCCGCGUGUCUCUUCGCGGGGCUCGUAAUUACGGCUAUAGACAUGAUCUUCCCUCAUCAAUUCUCGACCAUACUCGAGGUCGACUACGACACGCCGUAUGACAGGCAUGUCAUUAUAGAGGAGAGCUUCGAUACGCGCAACGUCAGGCGGAAAGUUCCCAAGAUCGAGGACUCGUUCGGAGAUCGAAUAAUGAGUCAACUGUCGUCCAAACUUCAGAAUAGGCACGCCACUAAGGACGACACCGAGGGUGUCAUUAAUCGGGGCUAUACGUCGCACGAGCUGUCUGAAUUCCCGCAGGAAAUCGCCGACGAGCCCAGCAAGAGUAACUGGUCGUAUCCAUUCCCGCCAGCCACGCGCAGAACCGUUAAUGGCUAAUGCAUUGCCCGAAUGUUGUGGACAGUUGCGAUACUCGUCGACUUUCCCCAACGCCAUUAACAACAUUUAGACAUGCAUUUCACUAUAUAAAUAUUAUUUAAUGACAUGACAACUAUUUAAUAAAAAAAAAUAAAUUUAAACAACCCUGA